CAUAGAAAUUGGUUUCUUUUUUUAACAAAUGGACUAUUGAAAUACUAGUACUAAUACACUCAACCAAUGAUUAAUUUCUCGUGUGAAAUUGAAUAAUUACUUAACAAUGAUUAUUUUAAUGAAUUAUUGGAUCGGUUAGUUUAUAUAAGAAAUUCAGUUGAAUCAUUCAUCACAGAAAAUCAUUCCUACAAUUUAUUUCUUCAUUUUGAUCAAUUAUCCCUAUUACAACGGUAUAGAAGUUUAAUUUAAAUACUAAUGAAUUUGUAUAAAUUUUCAAUUUAUUCAUUAUUGACAAAUUUGCAUUCAAUCACUUUAAUUGUCAUAUUUUGUACAUUUUUACUACCAACUAAUGAGAUUGGUUUUCGUGGUCCAGUUGAUAGCAAUAUAUUUGCUGAAAUUGAAGGUGAUGCACCAAAUUCAUCAAUAUGUCGACGUAUGUUUAGUAAUUUUACAGAACCAGAAAUUCGUUGUUUAAUUGCUAAACAUUUUCCUGGAUGUCAAUUUGAUUCAGGAUUUUUUCAAUAUUUAGUAUUUCAAUAUUGUAAUUUUGAUGAACGUAUAGCUCCAACAGUAUUUAUGAUAUUUUGGCUUAUUUUAUUAUUGGGGGCAUUUGCAACAAUAUCUGACUCAUUCUUUAGUACCUCUCUUAUUGCUUUGGCUCGAAGUUUACGGAUGAGUCAAAAUUUAGCGGGAGUUACACUUUUAGCAUUUGGCAACGGGGCUCCAGAUGUUUUUAGUGCAGUCACAGCCAUUACAACUGGAGAUCCUGACGCACCAGAUGAAGGACUUGGAUUAGGGUUUUUAUUAGGAUCUGGUCUUCUGGUAAAUACGGUUACAGCUGGAUUGGUUAUCUUUUUAAAGCCAUUUAAACUCAGUCGUAGACCAUUUUUAAAAGAUACCAUAUUUUAUAUGAUUGCUGUCAGUUGGGCUGCAUCAAUUUUGAUCCGUCGGAAAAUUUAUUUCGCAGAUGCUAUUGGAUUUUUAGUAUUCUACUUAAUCUAUGUAUUAACUACAUGGGUUAGUAGUACUUAUAUGCAUCGUCAAAGAAAAAAUGGAACACAUAGUAUCAUUCCAUUGUUUUUACAAAAUAUUCUUUCAAAACCGUUAAACAUGUUAAGUCGUAAACGACAAAAUUUAUUACAAACAUGUCAACGCAUUUGUCCUCAAUUUAUGUUUUUGAAAAGAAUUCGAAAGAAAAUCAAUUUUUAUCAGUUUAAGAAAUCUAAAUCAUUGCAAAAUCAUGUAAUUAUUGAAGAUGGAAUGAAAAAUCUGUAUUCAAAUGUUGUUUCCGAGAAAGUUUUACCUGAAAAAACAGUUUUGUCAGCAAAUGCUAAAUUAAAUGGGAAUGUUGAAUUGAGAGAUCGAGAAAAAGUUACAAUUCCUAAUAUUCACGUCAGUGAUAAACGAAUAAAUUGUCGACAAAUAAAUGCACCGAAAAUUGAAAUCACUUCACCACAAGAUAUCGACGAUCUCAAUUCACAUUUGGAUCAUUCAUCAUAUCUACAUGGAGAUGAAAGUCCACGUUUGUCAUCUGAUUCACACGAUUUUAAAAAUUAUUUAAAUCCACCUGAUGGUGCUAAAAAACGAGCAUCUUCAUUAAUUUCAACUGAACCAAUGUCAAGCGAUAGACGUUUAUCAACUGAAAAUUCUGGUUUAAGUCGUGGACGCUGUCGUAGAGCACAAUCAGUAUUUAGACGAAGACCUAGUUCUAGAAUGAGUACAACAGGGUAUGAGUUAUCUUAUAUGGUGCGAUGGAUUAUAGCAAAUCGGGAAUUGAAGGAGAAAUCUAUGGGUUCACGAGAUGGAGAAACACGGAGAUCACAGAAAUCUUCACAAUAUGAUCCUGAAGAACAAACUAAUGAGAAUGUAACUUCUGGGAAUAAUUUAUUUGGCCGGAAAGGAUCACACCACACACUGAAUCUAACAAAUACACCAAAUUAUAUGCAAUCACCGACAUUAUCUGCCUAUUCACUUGAAGAGGAUACACCGCCUAAAUCAUCUCUUUCACUAAGAAAGAUAAAAUUAAAUGUUCUACCAUCUGACUUGGAAACAGGUAAACAACAAAUGACAGGUGUUGGUGAAAAUGACAUCAAAUUUUCGAGUACCCUACCAAAGUUCAAUCAUCAAGAAGGAAGUCUCAAAGAACAUGAUGAUGAAAAAGAGACGACAGUCAGAAGAGAAGGAGUAGGAGAGAACGAUGAAGAAGAUGAAGAGAUAGAGGAAGAGGAAAUAUCUUGGUUAGAAAAAUGGGCUAUGAAAGGCGUAUGGCAUCAUUUUGCUUAUUAUAUGAUACCAAUUGAUGUAGAAUCAUGGCCUCAACAAUCAGUAUUUAGUCGAUUUUUACAGAUUUUACAAACACCAAUUUUUCUAGUCUUUCGAUUAACAAUACCAACUGUAAUAGAAGAACUGGCGGACGAUACAGAAACAAAGGGUUCUGCUCAACAAUCAAAUAUUGAACAGAAAAUUAAUGAACCAUCUCGAGAAAUAAGUACCAUUCCGGAAGAGAAUAAAUUUACUUUGAAUUCCAGCCAACCUGAAUUGAAUCAUAGUAAUGACUUUGUUCCAGAGAAUACUGAUCAUGAACCUGUUGCAGUGAAUUUAGAGUUAAUGCAUGGAUGGUGUAAACCAUUAAAUGUUUUUCAAUGUCUAUUGGUACCAGCUUUAUGGCCUAUGCUAUUGACAGCUAAUGGCAAAUGCAUUGGAUUAUCACCUAUUGGAAAAACUCCAAUACCAAUAUUUUGUCCAUUUCUAGCUAGUGGAUUCAUUAUUGCACUGACGGUGUUUUUCACCUCAAAAUGGAAUCAACCACCUCGGCAUUAUCAUAGACCAUUUUUUGCUACACUUGGCUUUAUUACAUCAAUUAUAUGGAUAUAUGCAUUAGCUCAUGAAUUAGUGAAUUCAUUAGAAACUUUAGGUAUAGUAUGGGAAAUCAGUGAAGCUAUUCUGGGACUUAGUGUUAUGGCACUGGCUAGUUCAAUUGGAGGUCAGUUGUAUAAUUUCAUUUUAAGUUGAUGGAUAUAAUGAGAAAAGUAGUUUUUUUCUUGUAUGAGAUUAAAUGAUACCUUCCGGUGAUGUUGGUGUGUUUAAUGAUUUUGAAUGUCCAUAAAAUCCUGAUGGGUCAUUUUGAUUGAUAAAUUCGAGAAAAUUUAUCACAGAUAAUCACCUUUUACAAAUGAUAGGCUUUCAGCCGAUUUGAUAUGAAGCUCAUCAAAGUUGUAUUUAAGAAUGAUUUAAAUCAGGUAUGUUAAGCAUUCAAACCACUUAAUUGUGAUUAGUACUUUUGAAGGUCUGAAAGUGUUUAUAAUCAGCUUUAGGAUGUACAAGUCGAAGCUCUGGAUUUUAAAAACAGAUAUUUCUCUUUUGUUAGUGAAUGCUAUCAAUUAUUUAGAAUUUUCUUUAACUAUAAGAUUAUGUUAGCGUCCUUGACAUAUUGUUGUCUAAACUUUUGAUAAGGUAACAUAAACAGCAUAGAAUUUUUCAUUCAUCCUCGAAUUACUUAUUAGAUUCGUAUCUUGAACAGGAAUCUUGAAAACAGUAUGAUUUACUCAAUUCAAAUCGUUCUGUUAAUAAUAGUUUUUAGUUUAUAGUUGUCAUGUAGCCAUAUUUGAGGUUUCUAUUGUCACCAGUCUCUUGUUACAAGAAAACUACGUAUGCUCGCCGUAAGCAUGAAAAUCUCUGAAAGACAUUCUUCGCAAUAAAGAACUUUUGUGUACAGAUUAAUCUAUGUCAAAAGAAAAUAUACAUGGAAGAAUGUUUGUUUUCAAAAAUAAACGUGAAAUAGAUAUAGAAGUAUUUCCUAAACGAUUAAAAAUGUCUUGAGGAGUUCCAAGAGUAAAGCUAAAUCUUUUGCAGUUGUAUGAUAUUAGCAGUGCUCCAUAUUAAACAGAUUCAGACCAGGAAUUAAUGUUUGUUCAUAACUACUCCCUGGUUUACCACUGCUUUUCAAUUAAUGGGGGUUUCUCUUGAAAAGUGAUAAAUAAGCUUUCAAAGUCCUAAUAAUGUUAUUAUGAAUAAACUAUAUGAAAGUUGUUAUGAGCUGAAACUGAUAACUGAAAAUGUGUAGUCGUUAUAUCCAACGAAUACGAAAAGAAUGGUAACUGCCAGGAUUCGUUUAUGGACUAUUAUUGUACAUAUUCCUAUUGUGUAAUCACUAAGUAACUAGAUUAUAUAUAUUAACCAUGCGCUUCCAUUUGAUUCACUAACUGUUAUAUGAUUUACCACUCUUAAUCUGUUGUCAGUCUAUCAUUACUCACAGCCACUUUUUGGCUUGGUGAUGUAUAAUUGAUAUUUUUCAUUUUAUGGAGUAAUGUGGUUUGGUGUAUCUGGAUGUAAACUACCAAUGUCUAGAAUAUAAUAUUCGUAUAUUGGAUGCUAAUUAUUAUGUUCUGAACUCGAUAGGCGGGGUGAGAAGCUACUGUAUCGAAGAUCAAUAAGGGCUUAGCAGUGAAUCAAGACUACUAGUGCUGGCAGGCAUGUUACUGGUUGGCUCAGAGACUAAGUCACAGAAAUCGAUAUUCCGAGUAAUAGUUUUGUCGUGUGCUAUUAGUCAGCGGUCAUAAUUCAUAACGGUAGUGAAAACUCUUGUUAACUCGACUGUCAUGAGAUAGAUGAGCUAUAUUAUGUUGUAGUUUGGUAAUACUAAAUUUUGUGCUUAUUUACACGUUACUCAAGAUUUUUAAACUAUUAUUUUAUUUUUAUUAUUGGAAUAAUGACAAAUUAGACAUAAUGUCGAAUUGUUUGUUGGCUCGAAAUGGCUACCCUAGAAUCGCAUAUGCAGCUUGUCUAGGUUCACCAUUGUUUAAUUUGCUACUUGGUGCUGGUCUUUCAUAUACUGUCAAAAUUAGUAGAGCAGAAGUUGGAUAUGCAUAUUUGUCAUUUACACUUACUCAAGCUUUACUAUUCUCCUCUCUGCUAGCGGUACUCACAUUAAAUAUAUUAACAGCUUUAAUAGGAAGAUUUCAAUUUUAUCGUUAUUAUGGUAUUGUUUUAAUAAUUAUCUAUUUAGUAUUUGUAACAAUCGCAAUUCUCAUUGAAGUUGAUGUAAUUGUCUCACCAGUUAAUUGGAAUUUGGCUACUGGAACAGAAUAAAUAUUAUUAUUAUUAUUCCUAUUAUUAAUACUAACAAUAAAAUAAUUCUAAUAAGUAUCACUGUUAAAGAUACAAAAAUCACGAUAUAUAUAUAAGUCAAUGUUGAUUUACUUAUACUGAAAUUUAAUGACCAUUACAAUGAAUUAAUUAAUGUAUUAGCUAACUAUAAAUACGGUUUAUUUUUCUUCUAUAUUACUAUCUUUCCAUUUCUUUUCUACUCUAUGUUUUGUGAUAUUUUGUAAUGUUUAAGAUCUUUUCACUUAUUUCAUAAUCGUUUCUAAAUUAGCCAAAAUAUAAAAAAAUUAUGAAAGAUUAGAGAAAAAUAAUUGAAGAGAGUAGAAAGAUAGUGUGAAACAAGUGAAGAGUUUACUGUUAAUUUGUUUAUUCGCAUCUUCUUCAUUGUGGAUAUUUUCAAUAGAAAUUUAAAAGAGAUGUUAUUUUAAAUGCUUCAGGAUAUUUAUUGAUUAUUGAUUUUUGCUGGGACUCGAGAGAAUUUAUAAGAGAUCUAGGAAACGAACAACUACAGUUGCAUUAUAGUCUACCAGUCACUUCUUCAAACACUUAAAUACAAAUAGCUAUUUUGUAUACAUAAUAAAUUAAUCAGUUUUUGAAUAGAAAAGAAGAAAAUUUUAUAGCAAAUUCAAAAUGAAUAAUGUACAAUGUUUUUCUUGUUUUCUUUGUAUUCAUUAUUAUUAUUAUUAAUGGAAUGUACAAAACAUUUGAAAAAUGUAUUUUUACGAUGUUAUUUCGGUGUUUGGUCUUUAUAUGAAAUUCUAAAACCGGA